AUGGCUAAUACAAAGGAAAAUGAUAGGAGGAAUGAGGAAGACAAUAUGGAUCAAGAGGUUCAUCCCCAAGCUCCUCCUCAAGCUUCAAUUGAUUCUCUAGUUGAGAAUGUUACUCAUGUGGAGUUUAGGGCGGCCUUUCAAGUUUUAGCUAAAGCCUUGACGGCUCAAGUCAAUAAGGAAGUUGUUGCUCCUGUGAAUCCUAAUUUGAAUUCCACGACUUUAAGAGAUUUGACUAAUACAAGGGCAAAUGCUAUGAGGAAUGAGGAAGAUAAUGUGGAUCUAGAGAUUCCUCCCCAAGCUCCCCCUCAAGCUCUGGUUGAUCCUCUAGCUGAGAAUUUUACUCAUGCGGAGUUUAAGGCGGCCUUUCAAGAAUCGAAACUCAAGGAAGAGAAAUUUAGGGAGAAAAAGAGGUCUAGGAUAGAUGAUGAUAAGUCCUUUCACAAUGAGUCUGAUGGACAUGGUCACUCUAUGAAGCGAAAUUUUUUUUCCGGGCAAGGUUCUGCUAAUGCUUCUAAGUAUAAGAAAGAGAGUGUGUCUAACCCUAAGCCAACUAGAUUUGGUAAUGAGCCCCAAUGGCCUACUUGUUCUAGAUGUGGAAAGAGACAUGAGGUUAGGUGUUUUGCCGGUAGAGAGGGUUGCUUUAGUUGUGGUAAGAGUGGCCACAAGAUGAAAGAUUGUCCAAAUGUAAAGGCUAUAAGAAAAGAGUGUAAACAAAUUUCUCUUAGUGGUUUAGAUGGGGAUGCUCCAAAGAAAAAUAGUUUCUAUGCUCUUCAAGAUACAUAUGAACAUGAGUGA